AUAAUCUUGUACGUGAAGGAGGAGAUGAAGAAAAAUAACAUCUCAGAGCAGACUGUGGUAGCCCUAAUCUGGUCAAGUGUAAUGAGCACGGUGGAAUGGAACAAGAAGGAGGAGCUGGUAGCAGAGCAAGCCAUUAAGCACUUGAAGCAAUACAGCCCUCUCCUUGCUGCCUUUACUACCCAAGGUCAGUCAGAGCUGACUCUUCUGCUGAAGAUUCAGGAGUAUUGUUACGACAACAUUCACUUCAUGAAGGCCUUCCAGAAAAUAGUGGUGCUGUUCUAUAAAGCUGAAGUUCUGAGUGAAGAACCCAUCCUGAAGUGGUAUAAAGAUGCGCAUCUUGCAAAAGGCAAGAGUGUUUUUCUGGAGCAAAUGAAAAAGUUUGUUGAGUGGCUCAAGAAUGCUGAAGAAGAGUCGGAGUCUGAAGCUGAAGAGGGUGACUGACCUGUGAAACUCUGUCCUCGGUAAAGCAAACAGCAGCUGUAGAUAAGUGUCACGUCUCAUGUGUCCUCCUGAUUCUUACCUCCUACCUCCCUGUGUCAAGCAUGAUAUAAGGGCUCUCAUGGCAAUUUAUUUUAACUGUUUUCUAUAGUUACUGAAAUACUGGGUUUAGUUUUUAAAACCAUGUUUUAAGUAGCUUACAGGAGCUAUUCUAGAUUGGACUCUAACCUGCAUUUGUCCUUUCAGUUAUAGUCUACCUCCUGUAUUUUCUACUGUAAUAAUGUAAUUUCAGGCCUUCCACAAUGAAAUCCAUUUUAUCUC